GGAGCGCCAAACUUGUUGACUCACAACCGCGCGGCUCGACAGCAUCCUCCUCCUCCUCUUCCUCCUCCUCCUCUUCCUCCAAUCCGAUUGCGUCUCCUGCUCGUGCACGCGCCGUUCAGCGGGGAAUCAUUUCUGCUCAUUUUCCAUCUUUUCCCCCGACCGUUGUGAGAUUUUUUUUCCCCCCCCGCGCAUCUUUCUCGGCUGGAUUCCACAUAAACUGCCAGCCUCAAUUUAGGAGCCCAACUUCACCACCACCCAAAAAAAAAAAAAAAAAGUACUUGGAGAUGGCUUUUAUGGUGAAGCACGUGGUGGGGGGGCAGUUGAAGAACUUGACGGGCGGCCUGACGGAGGAGAAACCCGAGGCGGAGAAGACGGACGCGGCGGCGCAGGGGAUGACCCAGGAGGAGUUCGAGCAGUACCAGCAACAGUUAGAAGAGGAGAAACAAGAACGAGAGGCUAAUUUUGCCCAGAAGAAAGCCGAACGAGCCACAGUGAGGAGUCAUUUUCGGGACAAGUACCGACUACCAAAGAACGAACUGGACGAGACUCAGAUCCAGCAGGCGGGCGACGAUGUGGUACUGCCCACCGAGCUGGCCAAGAUGAUAGCUGAGGACAACCAGGAAGAGGCGCACAAGCAGUCUGUGCUGGGCCAGUUGUCCAACCUGCAGAACGUCGAUAUGGACCAGCUGAAGGACAAGGCCCAGGCCACGCUGGAGGACCUCAAGAAGCAGACAGAGAACUGCAGCCUCAUGUGAUGUCGGGGAGCAAAGAUUUGUUGAAGGUGGAGCUUCUGGGAAGGAGGAAGAAGUAGCGCAAGUCUUUGUUUUAGUUAAUUUCAAGUAAUGCACAUUUGGAAAAAUUGUUAUAUUACUUAUCACCAUUCAUUUAUUGGAGUAUCACGCUUCCAGAAAAGCGAUCAUUUCGCUCACACAUUUUUGCAUUUUUAACAAAAUGAGUGAAAAGUCGAUGAUUUGUACCCUGACACUGAGGUACCAACCUCAGUGUCAGGGUACCUAAAGGAUGUACCCAGACACACAGCCGAGCACUGAUUGGUCAACAGAACAUUUUCACAAGAGGAAUCAUUUGGUUUACGUAUUUUUGCAUUUUCAACACAAUGGGCCUUAUUUUCGUGACCGGCAUAAAUCCGGUGCGGCGGGCAGCACAUCUAUGCCCCAGGAGUGGGUUAGACUGUUGUUGGUAAUUUCGUAGAGCAGCCUGGCGGAUCCGACAGUGAGUGGGCUGCACCUCUAUGGGUGUGUUUACACCCGACUUUAUUCGCCACCAAUCAAAGUGGCUACUCACACUCCCUUUAAAUGUGGCGCAAUGACAGUCUCGACGGAGACAUCUCUGUGAGGAAGAGGACGAUGCGUAAUCGAAGCAAUCAAUGCGUGAGUGGAGCAUUGUCACUGCUCUUGGCCAGUGUGAGCGGGUAUACAGAAUGAGCUGGUGAUAACCGCUGGCGACUUAAAUAUGUCCGCGAAGCUCAGAAUCUUUCUGCCUGCGCCCCAAUCAGAUCCACCAAAAUCCCUUUAGACCAGUGGUCUACCUUACACCAAGAUUUGGAUGUGGCCAAAUUGUCACUCCGCUAGGCACACCCUCGCUGCGCCAGAACGCCCAGCUUGGUGUUGACCGGUCUGGCAAAUUGGAAAACAUGCGCAGCGAGCCUUGCAUUAGCAGGAAAAUCUAAAUCCCCCAUUUGCGUCCUGCCGCAGAUGUACUAUCUACUAAAAUAAAGCCCAAUGUGUGAAAAUUUCGUGAUCUCUUCCACUUUUUGGCACCCUGACACUGAGGUACCGACUCCAGUGAUACGUACUUAAUGGGCGGAGCCAGACACAAAGCUGAGCACUGACUGGUCAACAGCAGAAAAAAAAAAAAGAAAUCACAAAAGAGAUCAUUUCAUUGACCAUUUUUGCAUUCUCAACAAAAGUUAAAUAAUACCUUUUGGUAUUCCAACCCCAGUGUUAGGGUACCAACAUUUUCAAUCAAAAACAGUGUUACAUAACAUUCCCUUAAGCUCCCUUGGCCAUUUUUUGAGAAGCCUUCCUCUUUUCCCACUAAACUCAGAAAAGUCCAAUGUGGAUGGAAAUCUAACACUAACCUGAGCAGCUAAUUUCACGAACGAAAGUAUCCUGUUUGGAGGAGAAUUACAUUAAAUUUGGGGACUAGGGACGUUUUGCCAGGAUAAGCAUUUGAAAAGCACAAAAAUGGCAACAUUAAUUAAAGACUUUGACAAAUCAAAUGUUAGCACCUGCUACUACCUGGAAGGACAAACCUUUUUACUCAUUUUUUAAUAAUUUCUUUUCCAAUAAUAACAGAUAACGUGCGAGCAAAUAAGCCAUGUGUCACUUUUGGGAUGUUACUGUGUGCAAUACAUGGGAGUUUUCACUGAACUUCAUCUUGAAUCGACUCCUACUUUUUUUUUAAUUGAACCUACGCCACAGGCUGGGAAAAACUUUGUGCUGCACAUGAAAGUGUCAUUAAAAUCCUAGAUAUACAGUAAAUACAUGAAAAGCUGCUGAAAAAGUACAAAUGUAAAUGCUUUUAGAGGCCAAAGUGCGACAUGUCUGAAUAUUUGUGUCCUCAUAACGCCAAUAUUUACAGUAUGUUGUGUGUACGCAGUGAGCUCAUUGUGUGGUGCCGUUUCGUGCCGGUGGAUUAGCUGUCGUCAAGUCGAGUGGUGUCCUUGUGAACCUUGUUAGCGCUAACGCCGCCGCUUAAUGAUGUCGUUUUUGGAGGUGUCCGACUGUGGUUUUGUUGUUUGUGUACUCUGUGUAGCGAUGGCAAUUUAUGCUUCUCUGUACCACUUUACAAUAGGGAUAUCCUUAUUUAUGUGUUAAUAAUACAAUUAUAAAGCCUUUCUAAAUCAUUAAUAAUCAGUUUUCAGUGUUGCUUGCUGUCUUGCAAGAUGAUGCUAUUAGUAUACUUCAAUGUGGACUCACAAAUAUUAACCCUUACCCUGUAUCUUUACCCUACCCUAAUUUAUAACUACCCUAACCCCGUUCCAAAAAGUAGCUUGCCACUGAUGGGACAUUGUCGUUUCCUAGGAAUGUUGGAGAAGUGAUUAUUUUAAAAUGUAAACAUUUCCAAAUACAGACAUGAUCAGUGUCUUCACAAAGAUGAAUGUCAUUAAUUAUAUUAAUAACAUAUAUUUAAAGGUAAUUUGAACAAAUUUAAUAUUUCAGAAGCGUGUGUCAAAAUGGUAGACCCUCACAUUAAUAAAUAAGAAGAAGUCUCAGUUGCAAAAACUUUGGUGACCCUAAACUAGGGAUGGGCGAGUACCGAUACCUGGUAUCAUAUUUCCAGGUGCCAAUAGCAGCCACCGAUACUCAGUCAAAAAAUCUUACAAGUUCUCCUCGCCAGUAGUUGGCGCAACACUGCGGCUGUUUGACAUAUCUGUGAAUGCGGUAUCAAACAUCCCUACCCUAAACCUACCAUAACCCUACCAUAGCCCUUUCCUGCUCUGACCUAACCCUAACCUACCCACAUGCAGCAUCUGUUUAUGAGGUCUGAGUACAGUAUAACCUGUUAAUGAAUAAUCAUUAUUGGUACCCUUAUUGUAAGUGGUACCCACGUCUCCAAACCGCCUCGCUUUGUUUUGCCAAAUUUGUUAUAUGCGCUUUUAGUUUUUUUUUUGCAUUCAAAUUGGUGUGUGCGUGUGUGUGUGUGUGUGUGCGUGCGUGCGUGUGCGUGCGUCCGUGUGUGUGUGUGUUUAUAAGCAAAUGUGUUGUUAUCCAGUUGCAUUGAGGGGUAGUGCAAUAUGUUCAAACGUAUUGGGACUGUUGGAACCAUUCCCUUUCAUCAAAUUCAACAGCCACCUUUACAGAAAUGGCUAUGUGCACUGGGAUGUCCAAUUGAUUAAGUAAACAGUCAAAAGUUGUGUCUCAAUAUUUUUGUUGGUCAAAUGAAUGAAUGGACGCUGAGGAAAACCUCAUUGCUGUGGUUCUUGUCAUGUGAUAGUGAUAGACAAGUAGAUGUUCAUCAUAAAAUAUACAAGAAAAGUAGCAAUAAGUCGUUUCCUAAUAUCGCUACAAGGAAAUAACUACUGUAAUAAUAAUGACAGUAAUAAUAAUAAAGGGGGAAGUGAAGCCAUAAGCCACGAGACUUGCUUGGUUUGUAUGAGCGUGUUUUGUUUUUCUCAUCAAAUCUGUCAUUCUGUCUCUGAUGGGAGUUUCAAAUGCAAUAAAAAUAUUUUCGGAU